AUGAACCUUAUAUUCCUUCAUUUUUAUCUAUCUAUCUAUCUAUCUAUCUAUCUAUCUAUCUAUCUAUCUAUCUAUCUAUCUAUCUCAAUUCAUUCAUAUCUAUCUAUCUAUCUAUCUAUCUAUCUAUAUCAGCUUUUCCUAUCUAUCUCUCUCACUUCAUAUCUAUCUAUCUAUCUAUCUAUCUAUCUAUCUAUCUAUCUCAGUCUAUUCAUAUGUAUGUAUGUAUGUAUGUAUGUAUCUAUCUAUCUAUCUAUCUAUCUAUCUAUCUAUCUCAAUCUGCUUUUCCUAUCUAUCUCUCUCACUUCAUAUCUAUCUAUCUAUCUAUCUAUCUAUCUAUCUAUCUAUCUAUCUGAGUCUCCCGAUAAAUUCUUUCACUGCGCGGGAAGAAGAAAAACGUUUCUUUCUUUCUUUCUUUCUUUCUUUCUUUCUUUCUUUCUCAGUAAUUCAAUCUAUCUAUCUAUCUAUCUAUCUAUCUAUCUCAUCUAUCUAUCUAUCUAUCUAUCUAUCUAUCUAUCUAUCUUCUUCAUCUAUAUAUCUAUCUCAACUUCUUCCUCUCGCUAUCUAUCUAUCUAUCUAUCUAUCUAUCUAACACAGCUUUUCUUAUCUAUCUAUCUAUCUAUCUAUUUUGCUCGCUAUCACUUCAUAUCUUGCUCGCUAUCACUUCAUAUCUAUCUAUCUAUCUAUCUAUCUAUCUAUCUAUCUAUCUAUCACAGUCUGUUGGUUCUGUUGAUUCGUGUUGUUCUUCUUAUUCUUAGGAUUCUUCUAUUUACUUCUUUAUACAAGAAGUCACGUGAACAAAAUGGCGCCCGCCCAAACAGAUCCUUAUUGUUUACUGGGCGUUACGAUGCUACAAAGCCAACAGAGUUAAGACCUUUACAUAUGUGCCUCAUCUGUCGUUUUCGACGAAUGAGGAUCCAUCCUGGGAGUGGUGAUGGUUGGGGAGAUGAGGAUUCAUACUUUUUCAGUAGUGAAUGCAACGAACUCGACUCUCUGAUUUCUCUCUCUCCUCUCUCUCUUUCUGUCUGUCUGUCUGACCGAACGGCCAGACGACCCUGUUUAUCCAAAAUUUAUCUAUCUAUCUAUCUAUCUAUCUAUCUAUCUAUCAGGCCAUCUAUCGCAUUUUUUUUAUCCUGCUUUAAUCUAUCUAUCAAGAUCUAUUUAUCUAUCUAUCUGAAUAUCUAUCGCAGCCUGAUUUAUUUUCAUCUAAAGACAUCCAUCCAUCAUCAUCAUCUAUCUAUCUAUCUAUCUAUCGCAGCCUAUCCUGCUUAUAUCAAAAUCUAUCUAGUAUCUAUCUAUCUGUCUAUUCAUCUAUCUGUAUGCUUAAAUCCUAAAUUAUAUCUAUCUUUUCUAUCUAUCUAUUAUCUAUCUCGAGAUAAAAAAUUUUUAUAUCGAUCUUUUCAUCUAAAAAAAAUCAUAAUAAAUUGUUAUAUGUAUUCUGUAUCUUUUCUUUAUCCUUCUUGUCCUUCUUCUAUCAAAUUCUCCCAGCCUUUUUUUUUUUUUUAUCAUCUAUUUAUUCAUCCUCAUCCUAUUUUCAGAAUGGCAUCCAUCUAUCUAUCUUCAUCGCAGCCUUUUAUCUGA